AUGGCGACGACGUCGUCGGUGGUGCGCCGGGGCGCGGCGGAGCUGGUGGCGCCGGCGAUGGCGACGCCGUACGAGUUCAAGCCGCUGUCGGACAUCGACGACCAGGAGGGCCUCCGGUUCUACCGCUCCGGCAUCUACCUGUACCGCCGGUGCGCGGCCAGGGACGGCGUCGACCCGGCCGCUGUGGUCCGCGCCGCGCUGGCGGAGGCGCUGGUGCACUACUACCCGCUCGCCGGCCGCAUCGUCGAAGCCAGCCCCGGGAGGAAGCUGCUCGUCGAGUGCACCGGCGAGGGCGCGGUGUUCGUGGAGGCGGAGGCAGAGAUGGAGGUGGAGGAGCUCGGGGUGGUGACCGGCCCGCCGGUGCCGCGCCACGAGGAGUUCCUGUGCGCCGCCGAAGGCGCGUACGCCGACGGCGGCGUCGUCGGCCGGCCGCUGCUCUACUUCCAGGUCACCCGCAUGCGGUGCGGGGGGUUCGUGUUGGGGAUCCAGAUAUGCCACUGCCUCGCCGACGCCGCCGGCGUCGUGCAGUUCCUGACGGCGGUGAGCGAGUUCACGCGCGGGGUGCCCGGCGCGCCGACGGUGCGGCCGGUGUGGGCGAGGGAGAUCCUCUCGGCGCGCCGCCCGCCGCCAAGCGUCGUGUCGCGCCACCACCCGGAGUACGAGCCGGUGCCGGACGCCGGCAGGGACAAGGUCUCGCCGGCCGACGCGCUCGUCCACCGGCCCUUCUUCUUCGGCCGCCGCGAGAUCGCCGCGCUGCGCGCGCUCGUUCCGCCGGCGCUCGGCUCCCGGAGCACGCGGUUCGACCUCAUCGCCGCCUUCAUGUGGCGGUGCCGCGCCAACGCCCUCCAGUACGACGCCGGCGACGCGGUGCGCGUCCAGUUCGUCGUGAACGCCCGCGGCCGCGGCCGCGGCCGCGCGCCUCUCCCGGACGGCUACUACGGCAACGCAUUCUCCUUCGCCGUCGCCGAGUCGCCGGCGGGGGAGCUGCGGCGCCGCCCGUUCGCGCACGCGCUCCGCCUCGUGGUGGCCGCCAAGGCGCGCGCCAUGGAGGAGGGCCACCUCCAGUCGGUAGCCGACCUGAUGGCGGCGCGCGGGCGGCCGCGGUUCGCCGUGGCGCGCACCUACGUCGUGUCGGACAUCACGCGGUCGGGGAUCCACGACGUCGACGUCGGGUGGGGGAAGGCCGCGUACGGCGGGCCGGCGACGGCGACGCUGGCGACGUUCCACGUCGCCGGGAGGGGCGGGGACGGCGAGGAGGGAGUCGAAGUGCCGAUGCGGCUGCCGGCGCCGGCAAUGGAGCGGCUGGUGGUGGAGGUGGCGAGAGGGCUCGCCGGCGUUGACGCUACCGAAGCGUGCUUAGCUGCAAGACUCUAGGCAUGCAUGCAUGAAGUAAUCGAGUUACACCUCCCUCCGCUUUUUGAAAAAUUAUGUUGAUUAAUUCAUGUUUGAACUAAUCACAUUUAAGAAAAAAGAGUAGAGGGUGUGCAACAUAUUCAUAUGGUUAGUAAAGUUGAAAUGGGUGUAAAAUUUAUUUAGUUUCGUGAUGAUAACAUAAACUAUUGUUAUGAAGAUAUAAA